CCUGGUUGCAAAAUAUAUAUAUUUUAGGUGGGUGGUCGAAUAUAGUAUGGUUGCUGUGGAACUAUAUUAUGCAGACUUUUUGCAACCCACUGUAUACAAUACCCUUUGCUCCUAGUUAACAGAAGACAAGCUGACAAACAAUGUCCCAAGACCAAGAUCAUAGUUUACAGGACUUGAGAAAGCCUUGUCAUUUGCUUCGUGGCGAAAUCACAUACUCUGUUGCAAAAGAAGAAGAUGCCAAUAUCGUGCAUGAACUAGGCUAUCAAGAUGCAAAGGUUCGAUAUUUAACAUAUUUGUACCAACAUCGAACCCUAAUCAAAUCGAUUGUCGCUAGUCAUCUCGGUCUGACUUCGGCAAAUUCGUGCCGCCUUGCUGAGGUAGAGGACUGGAUAGAUGGCAGCUUUAAUAUCUGCAUCCGGGUCGAUGUAUAUCGAACAGACCAAAUAUUGGGGCAACAAGUGAUGAUUCGAUUUCCAUUACCAUAUCGGGUUGGGGAGAACGUCUGCCCUGGUAAUGCCGAUGAAAAGAUUCGUUGUGAAACUGGUACAUAUGCAUGGCUCCAAGAGAACUGUCCAGAUAUUCCUAUUCCGCGUCUUUACGGGUUUGGACUCUCGACAGGGAAAACUUUCACACUCCUCAGUAAUAUGCCAUGUUUGACCCGUGCUCUUCAGUACUUUCGGCGUGCAGUAUUAGGAUGGUUAGGUUACCCAAGCCCGUCUAUCUAUGUCCCUCAUAGGAUUGAGCAAGCAGGGUCUCUUAGAACCGGCUAUAUUCUAAUUGAAUAUAUCAAACCAUUGCAAGGCAGAAUGCUCUCAGAGACAUGGGAGGAUCGACGUCAUGAUCCCAUAUUACAUGCUAAUUUGUUCCGCUGCCUCUCACAUAUCAUGAUUUCACUGACACGGACUCCAUUACCAAAAAUAGGCUCUUUUACCCUAGACGAGACAGGGCAUCUGAGCUUGAAUAACCGCCCCCUGACCCUUCAAAUCCAACUUCUUGAAAACGAACGCAUCCCAAUUGAUAUGCCGCGACAUGUUACCUAUUCAAGGGCUGACUCAUAUAUACAUGAUAUUCUUGCAUUUCAUGAAAGUCGCCUUCGUCAUCAACCUAAUGCUAUUAGUAGCCUCCAGGAUGGCUUCUAUCAGACAUGUGCAUUGAUGGUUAUGAGAAGUAUAUGGCCCUGUUUCUUCCGUCGCGACCUUCUUACAGGACCUUUCUUCCUACAUCUCACCGACCUCCACCAAAGCAAUAUAUUUGUGGAUGAAAAUUGGAACAUUACAUGUGUUGUUGACCUUGAAUGGGCAUGUUCUCGUCCAGUGGAAAUGAUGCACCCUCCACAUUGGUUAACGAGUCAACCUAUUCCCAUGAUUAAUCUGGAGGCGUAUGAUCCCCUUCAUAGGGAGUUCAUACAAAUACUGAAAGAAGAGGAACAGGCAAGUGCCAUAGGACAACAGUCUUUUUUUCAGCUACAUUCUGUAUUGCAGGAAGGGUGGGAGCGCGGAACCUUUUGGUGUUCUCUAGCACUAAAUACUCUGAUGGCGUUGUUUGGAAUCUUCUACGAUUACAUUCAACCCCGGUUCUCUCAGUCUCAUAAAGACGAUGAAGCGUUUUGGUUAAUCACGAUGUGA